AUGAUUGAUGUGAUACCUGUUCUCAUUGUACAGAAGUUCUCCAAGGGCUUCGCCUUCGCUAACCUGGAGACUGCGAAUGAGUUCGAGGAACAGCGAGCUCGCUUCUUUCAGGAGAACGAGCGUCGGGAUGACUACAUGGAGAUGAGGGAGGGUCUGGACUUGACCAACGUCAACUUCAAGGAGUUCGUCAUAGCUCGUCGCGACAGUAAGAGACCACCCUGGUACAACAGACACUCAGUCUUCUGGUUGGCUUCUCUACUCUUGCUCUCCUGGCCACUCAGACUCGUCAUUGAGUACAACACUGCCUAUAUUCACUACCAGGUGACGAAGCUGUUCGGUGUGAACUACACUACGCCAGUGAGCGGAGGUCGGGCCUCGCGAGGUUCAGCCACCACUGAUAGUCACGACCUCGAACUCACCAUCGCCAACAACUGCACCCUCAUUCCCUCCUACAGCGAAGCUCUACUGAUGGAGGCCGGAGCCACGCUCACCGCCAUCCUCACACCCGCAAUCGACGCCAACGGGAACAUCCAGAACGGUGGCGGCAGCCUGCCGGCUGCGCCGUCGUCGGCCAGCGUGGUCGAACUAGCGCCGGGGUCGUCGACAGGCGCGGCGGCCUCCAGAACCUCGCUACACAACGGCUACGUGUUAUAUCAUCCAUCGCCGCUCGUACCGUGCUUCCCAGUCGAUCCUUUCCAGGGGCGCCGACGCACCACCCCUACGGAAGCCCCCCCGACGUACGACGACGCACUGAGGGUGUCCGCCCCGCUGUUGGGGACCAUGUCGCCCUCUCCGCUACGCAGGUCGCACACAGAGAGAGACAUUCCCUCCACCCCUCGCCUGGCGCUCCCUCGUCACUCCUGCCAUUACGACCUGGAGACCCAACUAUGACCGCCGCUUGUUGCUGACCCUGGACCCUUGUGUUGCCCUGCCUGGUCAUGCAGGGUCAAGCCCGCUGCCCACACCGAUCUCCACACCCCCACACAUCCCCACGCACACCCAAGCAGCUAUUUUGAAAGUACGACAGUUUAACACAAGCUUUCACACAACACUACUCUGGUUAGUACUUCAAACCACCAUACACACACCCCUGCAACAACAAUUAGGUGAGUACACAUAUACUGCACAAUACACAUACGUACAUA